AUGUUGAUUCGAAGUGCUCGACCUUUGUGCCGUGCAGGGAGUCGAUGGUGGCCCAGCACACACCGCCCGAUAUGCUCGUCAUCGCGUGUGCUAGCAGCAAAAGACCCCGUCGCCUUAGGAGAAGCUAUCCGGCACGUCAUGAGAUUGAGUGCGCAGCCAGUUGCUCUAGUGUCAGCCUUUGUGCCAUCGGAAGAUCCAGAUGAUCCAUCCCCCCAGAUCCAUUCGACAACCCUAUCGUCUUUUACUACAGUAUCCUUGGCGCCGCCUAUUGUUGCAUUCUCGAUCCGUCUUCCAAGUCGUAUGGCGGAUGCUCUUCUCUCUGGUGCUAAAACUCCUCCGCCUUCAAAUAAUUACGACGCAACGUCUGUCGUCUCGACAUUUGCGCGGAAACCACACUUUCUUAUCCAUAUUCUCUCGUCAAAGCAAACGUCCAUGUCAAACUUUUUCGCUCGACCUGGUGCUAAGCCAUACUCUCUGCGCCAAAGCACGAAGAUUGAAACACAUCCGUUCAAUCAACAUCCCAUGCAACCAUCGCAGGCCGUGGACGGUCAGUUGAUACCGACUGAAUCUAUUGGGACUCUGGCAUGCAGCCUCGUUUACCAAUUAGAUUUGACAUCUCCAGAUCUUCACGGUACGACUGAGUUUGUCAAUGGUUGUGUUCACACCAAUGAAGUUGGCAGCGCACUUUUUCUAGCGCAAAUUCAUGAUGUUGAGGUCGGUCAUGCACACAUCAAUGAUGUCAAGCAAAAACCUCGUCCUCUCGUUUAUUGGCAUCAUGGAUACUGCACUACUCAGGAAGAUAGCAAAUCAUAG